CCCGAACGACUGUUCCCCCUUCUUUCUUCUUACUCUCUCACUGUCUCUCUCUUCAAGCUCGAGUGCUCACAUUCCACCAGCGAUUCCAACCGAGAUCUGAGCAGCUUAGCGAAGCAAUGAGGAUUCGGGAACUGAUGUGAAGUGGGAAUCGGGUCGGUGCUUCCGGAUUUAUCCGGAUGGAUCCAUCGUCGCUGAUCUCGCACAGUGCGCUACCGGAGAUUUGGCAUUUCCCUAUGGCACGGGGGAUAAGAGAAACAGCAUUAGGGAUGGGACAUCGUGACGUAUCAGCCGGCGAAUCGACGGUGACGGAGCAGAGUGGGGACCUCUGGAGUAAGAAGAAGCGCCGGGAUUCAGGGCUGUCUUCGGCGGCGGCGUCGGAAGAUGAAUCGUCCAAGUUCUUGUCGAACAGCAGCGGCGGCAAUGACUUGGAUGACAGUGAAGCACUGCAUCUGAAAGAGGGGAAAUCUAGAGGUGAAAAUGGUGAAUGGAAAGCUGAUGUGGAAGCAAGUUCUACUGGCAAGAAACCAGAUCAAACCCUUGAGCCACCUAAGCAGGAUUACAUUCAUGUGAGAGCUAGAAGGGGUCAAGCAACUGAUAGCCACAGCUUGGCCGAGAGGGCUAGGAGGGAGAAGAUAAGUGAGCGAAUGAAGAUUCUGCAAGAUUUAGUUCCUGGGUGUAACAAGGUGAUUGGGAAGGCAGCGGUCCUGGAUGAGAUCAUAAACUACAUCCAGGCACUGCAGCGCCAGGUUGAGCUCCUAUCAAUGAAGCUUGAAGCUGUUAAUUCUCGGAUUAAUGCUGGCAUGGAGGGCUUCCCUUCUAAAGAUUUUGGAGCUCAGACAUACCAUACUCCGUCCAGUUCAGGAUUUCCCUCUCAGCCAACAAGAGAAUAUGAGCGUGAGCAAGGAUCUACAACAGAAUGGCUUCAUAUGCAGGUUGGUGGUACUUUCCAGAGAGUAACAUAAUCAUCCCAAAAUCUCAAUUGGCAAUUUGAGUUUAUGCAGUCAAAUCUCUUCAUUUCUUAACCUCAGACAGUCCUCUCAAGCAAGUAUGUUAUUGAUUUGGAUCAGUCUCAAUAGCCUUUAUUAAGAUGGUUUGAUUUGCAUGCCUUCUUUCCAAUUCCUAUGAUUUGGUGUAUUGAUCAGCAGACAUGAGAUCUAAUGUGUUACUCUUGACUCUACUGGAUAGAAUUAUAUUAAUAUUAUUGAGAAUUGUUGCAGUUACAGUUCA